GGAUGUUAAAACGUCGAGGGGAGCCAAAAGCCGCUGUCUUGCCAUCGAUGCCUGCUCGGGAGCAGCUUCCAGAAUCUCCAUAUUUUACAAUUUUAGGAAAGAACGUUCCAACCACACUGAGAAUAAGCUAGUGUCCCGCUGUCCACCUAGUCCGGACCCGAAAACAUCAACAAUGGCUCCAUCGCAAUCGACAGCGGUGUCUGGUUGCUUCAAAGGUUACCCGCAGAACAUGCCCCGGGGCCGGGACUCCCGCCAUGCCCUUUCCGAGCUAUCCACGCAACUGGAAAACAACGAGGACGAUCUCUUCGAUCCGGACUCCGGACGCGAGUGGGGCUUUUUAGAAGUCUAUGAUAAUGAUGGCUACGAGGAUGCUGAGUGUAAGGAUCGCCAGGAGCUGGAGGCGCAUCUGUCCAGGCGGGGCACAGACCCGCGGUGUCGGCUGGUCUUCAUUCAGUCCGAGCACUCGGCCGCGGCGCUCGACGGAUCCAAGGACAUGAUGAAAUAUCUACUGUGGCACCAUGAGGUCAUGCCCAGCUUCCUACGGCUGCUUGCCAACUGGGCCAUCCCGCCCGUCGACCCCUCGGACCCGCACUGCUUCCACAAGGCCGCCUUCCACCACGAGAAUGUCCUGACCCACGACGGUGCCAAGACCUAUCGGACCGCCAUGGGCCGUUCAGGGCUCCAGAUUCGGCAUUGCUAUAGCAUCUGGGGCACCGAGAAGGACGAGGAAGGCAUCUGGCGGAUCCGCCAGACCACGCUGUACCACUCCCUCGAUGUCGUCACUGGGAAGGCCCUUUGGGUCAAUGUCAAAACGAACGAGAUAAUGAAGAAGAGGAUGAGCGCCGUCGCCAGGGAGGAGCCCUCGCCCGAAGCCAGCAGCUCCGCAAGGGAAAAGUCCAUCGUCGCCCUGGCCAACUCGUUGGAGAUGCAUGCUCUUGCUGCCGAGUGGUGCAGCCAAGACUGGGGUGUCUGCAUCCAGUCGGUGGAGAAAGAGCUGCGGGCAAUUCUGGACAAGCUUAAGAACUUGCCCGUGACCGAGGUGGAGCGCUGUUUGGAGGUCGACGCGGGUGCGUUGAUUCAAGACUUCGAGCCCACGACAAGGGUCAGGCGCCAAGCCAGCAGCUUCUACAGCACCCGCCCGAGCGGGCAUCACCCAUUGGCCGCGGAUGCCCGCUCCCCGACCUGGAUACCUCUAAGCCCCCUGGGGCCGAGGGGGCAGCCAAAGACCCAGAGUGCAGCACCCACUCCCAAGGCUCCGGACCCGUUCCGGGUCAUCAGGGAGUUCAACUUCAAGGGGCUGCAGAGGCUGGAGACUCUAGCGACCAAGCUUCAGCAGUUCAGUCACACGAUGCAGCUGAACUGCCGCAUCAUGUCGCAGCUGGAUGCGUACUACACGUCGCUAAAAAGCGAUCGUGGAUUUCCCGCGCACAUCAAGCGUGCCUGCAGCCAUCAUCUAGACGAGUUCCACCAGCGGCUACAGGCGUGCAUCCGAGCGAUGGAGCUGGAGCGUGAGCGGGUUGCCAACCUCUUGGUGGUUGCAGAAGAUGGGAAGCGAUUGUACGAUGUCGUGAUGCAGCUGCGCUACAUGGAAACCAGUAAGCUCUUUGCCGUGGCUGCACAUCAAAUGACGCGCGAGAUGCAGGUCGUUGGCGAGAAGACGAAACGCGAAACCACAUCAAUGCAUAUCAUCACGGCCGUCACGCUCUUCUUCCUCCCCGGCACGUUUGUCGCAACGUUCCUCGGCAGUGGCAUGUUCCAGUGGGACCAGGAUGACAAGAACAUGCAGUUCCCGAGCUGGCGCCCCGAGUAUUUUAAGCUGUUUGUCUACAUAUCAGUCACCAUGAUGGUCUUGAUCCUGGCAGUAUGGCUGGGAUUAUACCUGCGCACGAGGCGGACCCGAAUUGGCGGCCGCAACCACAAAGCAGGCAGUGUCUGA